AUGGUUGGGGUCGAUUUUGACGUUGAUGGCGCCGUUGAAUUUAUUAUCAAAAAUGGUUAUUCAAGGGUGGGUCUUCAGUUUCCUUCAGAUUUGCUGAUCUAUUCUAUUGAUUUAUGCGAUCAAUUCAGAAAACGUACAUCUGCUUGUAUAGUUAUUCUCGGAGAUACUCCAUAUAGUAAUUGCUGCGUCGACGAACUUGCUGGUAAAAGAUGGGAUAUUGAAGCUGUUAUUCACUUUGGAAAUGCAUGUUUGACGAAACCAGUAGGAAGUGUCGAUGUCUUUUACGUUUUCGGAGACGUUCGCUGCCCCUUAAUUGAGAGUAAUGCAGAUGACAUAAUUGCUCAUGUGAAGCAACUUAUAAAAGACGUUGGUGGAUCUAUAUUGUUCUUUUAUGAUUUUCGAUUUCUAAAAUCUGCUCGUCUCUUGCACAAUCUUUUGAAGUCUAAUGAUAUCGAUGUAAUAUUCACUGAACCCGCAUUGCCGAACUUAUCUGUGAUUGAAAGCUCGACUACAUAUCGCCACUUAGGAAGAAUUUUUCAUUUGAAAGACAAUUUAGAGUUCCCUAAAGGUCUCCUUUAUUUAGGAGAAUGUGAUUCAAACUUCUACAGCAUUCUAGUCAGUAUGAAGGAUGCUUAUAAAAUUGCUCCUAUUUUGAUUGAUCCCAAUACCGGCAAAGUUAAUUUUGCCAUUGAAUCUGCUUCCAAAUUACUCAGAAAGCGGUAUUUCCUCAUGGAAAAGGCUAAAUCUGCUAAACGAAUCGGUAUUCUGAUGGGUUCUCUUUCAAUAUCCAAGUAUAUGAAUGUGGUUGAUCGUAUUAAACAUCUCCUUUAUCGCGCGAAAAUUGCUUACACAACUCUCGUUGUGGGUAGACUCAAUGAAGCGAAGCUGAUGAAUGUCCCCGACUUGGACGCCUUGGUCUUGGUUGCUUGUCCCCAAGCCAGUUUGUAUAACAACCCGAAUUUGCUCAUCCCGGUUAUCACACCGUUCGAGUUGGAGUGCAUUCUCUAUGAGAGAUGUAAAUACGCAGACGAAGGUUAUGUGAAUGAUAACGAUGAAGAAUUGAUUCCGAAAAAAAGACAGUGGAAUGGUCUUUGGCUUCCUCUUGACUUCGCUUCACAUAUAUUGGACACUGAAUCAGAUACCUAUGUUCGAGAAGACGAUGUUGUAAUCUCAAGCCAAGCAGACGAAGAGAUCUCGGUAGGAGCGUCGGGUGGCACUCUGGUGUCUCGGGAUGAUACCAACUGGAGUUUGGCUGUGACAUUCGCUGAAAUGCUUGCAGAUAGACGUGAUUCGUGGAACGGUCUGGAUCCCGCCUUAGGAAUGACUGAACCAUUAACUUCAAUCCAACCUGGACGAUCUGGUAUCCCUACAGAAUAUUCUAAUAUUUGUAAAUAA